ACAUUUGACAUCAAUUGACAUUUGGAUUUAAAAAAUCCAGAAAAUAAUAGGAAAAUUAAUUUCUAAUCAUAGUUUCUAAUUUCUAAUAGUUUCAAAUAGUUUCGGCCUUUACCAACCUAGUUUUUAUCUGGUAAUUAAUUUAUUAACCAAUUUAAUUAUUCGCGUGCAUUAAUAUUUUUUAGUCAAAUAAUUACAAUGUGGGGCGAUACGCUGUUGAUCGUAUUUAUUUCUAUAUGCACAGCCCUUUUAGGAGAAGGACUUACCUGGUUAAUGGUAUAUAGAACUGAAAGAUAUCAAAAAUUAAAAGCAGAAGUAGAGAAGCAAAGUAAAAGAUUGGAAAAACGGAAAGAAACACACGGAGAUACUUUGGACAAGCAGCAAAAGAAAAAAAUCGAGCGAGAAGAGGAUAGAUUAAAACAGAACAAUCGAGAUUUGUCUUUUGUAAAAAUGAAAUCAAUGUUUGCCAUUGGUUUUGCUUUCACCGCUUUAUUAAGCAUGUUCAAUAACAUAUUUGAUGGUAGGGUGGUUGCAAGGUUACCGUUCCUUCCUUUAACCUGGAUUCAGGGAUUAAGCCACAGAAAUUUACCUGGCGAUGACUAUUACGAUUGCUCUUUUAUUUUCCUGUAUAUUCUAUGUACAAUGUCCAUCAGACAAAAUAUUCAGAAGCUUUUAGGAUUUGCUCCAUCAAGAGCUGCAUCUAAACAAGGAAACAGUUUAUUUGGACCUGCACCUGGCCAAUUUAAAUAAAAAAAAACUACAAAUAUUUAUGUUCAGUUUCAUUUUUUGUUAAAAUAUACAUUAAAACACAUCA